GUCACAUCAAGUGUCUGGCGCAAGCGCUUCCUGCGUACAUUCGACUUCGAUAACAGCCUCGAAACCGCCGAGAUGCUGAAGAAGUAUAAAUACCGACGCACGGUAUCCAAACAAUGGACAUGCUUCGACCUGGAUAAAUACGGAGGCGGGAGUAGCAGUUAUGAAGUUCAGGAGUUUCAAACUGUCAACCAGGAACAUUCCCUAAGGAUGUUCAGAGGUCUCAUUAUUGAUUCCAAUGCUAGUAUGGUUCCCGACGAGAACGGCCAGUUGGUACCUCAUGGAUUGAACCUGAAGUUUAUUCAAGACAUGAUAACUGGCAAUAACGGCAUGUCCUAUGUUGAUAUUAUUGAGUCUGUCUUCUGCACGAAAUACGACAAAGACAUUGGUCGAAACUUGAACAAUGUCAUGAGACUUGAUAAGCAGGGAUGUGCUCUAUACAAUGUCCAACUCUGCCUGUCAGCGUUGUCCUUGCACCCGAACUAUUGCAAUGCCAAGGUCUCCCACUUCGACAUCUCCCAACAUCAAGUCUAUUCUGCACCCUGCACGCAGCCACUCUUCCUUGACAAUUUGAAGCAAUCCGUCAACACUCGAUGGUUGUUACACAUCGUCAACUUCUUCAAGUUCCACUUCAAGUCUGGCGCCGAAGGUCUACUUGCUCACGCGUACUCUGUUCUUGAUGCUGAUCAAUACCCUCAAUUUUGGGUUGGCAAGCUUCAGGCUGGCACUCAGACGUUUGGCACUCAUUGGAAGGGAGCAUACAUGUAUCUCGAUCAACGCACUCUGAUGAGUUCCAGAUCGAAGAAUACUUCUAGGGGAACUGUCCACACGGACUCUUUGGAUGGUGGAGAGACUUUCCAGGAUAUGUCAUUUUUCUUCGACGAUGCGCAGUACGGCACCGAUAAGUGGCCUAAGCAAUGGGAGAGAAUUCUCGGUAGUGAUCCUUUCAAGGAGCUCGGCAAUCUCCGUACUCGAUACAGAAGAAAUCAGCCAGAGAGACCCGCGAUCAAGCAGUUUUGGGGUACUUCUCGAGGUUCCAAGCAGGGCCACUUCUUCGGUCGAAUCCAUGCCAUGGCCCCUCAAGCUGACAUACCCGGCUUCCAACGACUUGUCAUGAUGAAAUUCUAUACGAAGAAAGAGAACGGCGAACAAGUUUAUGAUCCAACGCAAGUCUGGGCAUACGAAGGUGUCGUCCUACCCGGACGCCGUAUUGUCGUUGGUAGAUGGUGGGACGCUCGCGGAGACAUUGAUGAUGAACGCAUCAACUCUGGGCCAUUCAUCUGGUGGAACGUUGACAGAAGUGGAGCUGCGAAGCCAAUCGACAAGGAUGAAGCCUUUGAUUUCCUCGAUUCAUUCCAAGAUCACGACCUGGGUGUUGUCUAA